UGGAGAAGCUAUCCUGCAUGUUAAAGGACCCUUCCCCUCACAUCCCUUUCUCCCGGGCUGCUGCUUUUGACUCUGUGCAGUCGAUCCUCGGGAGAAUCAGUCAGUCCUUCUCCACCGAUGACCUGCAGAGCCCUUUUUAUAUGAGCUCUGUCUGUGCCUUUGUGGCGGACGAGGUGCAGAGCUGCUUCCAGCCCCCUGCAGCCACCCUACCAGUUCCCCCUGUCCUCGCGGUGGCCGUUUCCACCACACUACCAGCUGACAUCCAAGCAGACCCGGCUUCUUCCCACCUGGAGGUUGUGGACAUCACCCCUAACAGAGAGGCAGAUCAGGAUUCUUCCCACCUGGAGGUUGUGGACAUCACCCGUAAGACAGAGGCAGAUCCGGCUUCUUCCGAACUGAAGGUUGUUGACAUCACCUCUAACACGGAGGCAGACCCGGCUUCUUCCCACCUGAAUGUGGUGGACAUCACCCCUAAUACAGAGGCAGAGCCCAUCUCUUCCCUCUUGGAGGUUGUGGACGUCACACCUGAAGAAAGGGCUCUCACGAUGGCCGUCUCCACCACUCUGCCAGCUGACAUCCAAGCAGGGGAUGUUGCUGUGGUCAUCUCGGAUGUCACCCCACACGUCACCAAGGACGUGACACUGGAUGUUCCAUGCAGAGCUAGGAAAGGGGCAGUCCGGCGAUUAUUUUGCAGGCUUUGGAGGGCAGUGUGCUGCUGCGCCUGCCACAAGGAAGAGGAGGAACAAUAUUAAUUAUUCAUCAGACCUUCAGAAAUGGGAUUGAACCAUAGACCAUUAAAUUAUAAUUGGACUCAAUUCUGCUUUUCUUCUGUUUACUACUUAAUUUCAGAACUUUUCUAUAAACUUUCACUUUGCAAGUGUGGAGUAGGUUGUGUAAAUAAGUGGGAAACAUCCCAAUUUUAAUGCUUUUAAUAAUUUACUUGUACAUUUAAAAACAAAUGUAUUAUUUGACAACAAAAAAACAGAGGGCGCUCAACCAAUGUUGAGUUGAGGUGCAACCAAAAAUUUGAAUCAUCAUAGAAAAGGAAAUAGCGCAACUCUUGCUCACUAUAAAAAAAAUGCAUUGUUUUAUUCAGGCAAGGUUAAAAGUUUAACGUUUCGGCCUAGUCUAUGAUGAUAUGCAAGUUGUGUUUGCCCAGGAAAAGGGUGACCCAGACUCACCCUG